AUGGCGGCCACCCAGGCUGAGGACACUGAGACUCCGGACACUCGGACUGAGGGGACCGGGCCUCUUCGGCCGACACUUCCGGACCCGGACUAUGCGGGCUCGGCCCUGGACACCAUCGGCAAGGUCAUGGCAUGGGCUACACCGCAGGUGCUCCAGCACAUCAAGAAAAGAGGACUGGGGACAUGGACCCAGCUGGCGGACGUGCCACCGCUGGCCUGGAAUCCGGACAUCGCCAAGGCCUCGGCCCGGACCUUCAAGGAGAUGUGGGACUGCGGACAUGCGGCUUCGUCGCUGUCCCUGAACGGUCUCUACGAGGCCGGAGGGUCGCUGUUCUGGAUUCAGCCUCUGCCGGAGUCAGGACAGGUCUCUUGGACCAACGUCGUGAAAGGCCUUUCGCUGCUCAACCCCAAGAAGAUGCAGCACGGAGCUAGCAGCCGAAUCCUCUGGCCUUUUUGCCUGGAGACGUCUGCCAAGGACUAUCAGGUCAACAAGGACAAGUACCCACUGGGCCUGCAGCUUUUGCAUGGACAUACAGUGGUCUUUUCAUGGUGGCUUGACAUGUACCAGGCCUUGGUGGACACGGACGAGGUGAAGAUCGGUCAGCUGAUAGAGUGUGCUCUUUGUGCAACCGUGCAGGUUCGCCUUCUCAACACAGCAGCGGAGAUUGCUGCUGCUUCGAUUGAGGCAGCAGCCCAGACCUGGGAGUUGGCCAGUUGCCUUUCGGAGCCCUUCCACAUCUUUGCCAUGAAGUUGACUCCAAUCUUGGACUCCAUGCCGAAAAAGGACAGGGCAAGCCAGGCCAAAAUCGUGACUUACCUCCAGGCCAACUACAGGAACCAACUCAGGUUCCAGGGCAAGGCCUUGAACAAGACCAUGUUUUCAGCGGCUCAAGCAGUGUGCCAGGCCUUUCCGGACGGUGGUCUUGGACAGCGGCUGCUGAACUUGAUGUUCCUCUGGCAUGGCCCCAUCUUGAGCUCCUAUGCCCGCCUCUACAAGAUGGUGACGACAGUCUCGGGCUGGACUAAGGACUCAGGUAGUCAAAACAACGCUCUCCAGGAAGACAUCCUCGCAUCGACAAUAGCCUUCGCUCUGUUCGACUUGAAGACAGAGGACAUCUACGCCCACGAGCUUACGAGCGAGGAUAUGCUCUUCGGGGAUGCGAAUGUACCUGGCUGGCUGCAGAUGGCCUUUCUCAGGUUCUGCUGUUUGCAGUUCCUGCAAAACGUCGCGGACAAGGCCAAUGCCUCCCAGCAGUGCCGGGACAUGAUGGAGAACAUGACUCCAGGUCACCGCCCCUAUGCCUUGCAACCUGCGGACAAGGAGGAGGACCCCGCACCAGCUACGACGAAAGAUGCCUUUAAGUCGGUCUCGGACUGGCUUCAAGAGGCAACAACCACUUGCGACAAGAAGGAGCAUGCUCUGUUGCAGCUGGUGGCGGAUGUUGUGACUUCGGAGUCCGCUGUGGCAGAGGACUUGAAGGUGGUCUGCAAGGCCACGAGCUGUGAGUACAAGAGCUUCGGAUUGAAAGUCAUGGACUACUUGGAGAAGUGUGCGGACGGGAAUCUGGCCUCAAGGGUCCGGGCUGCUUGCCAGGCCUUCGACGGGGACGGAGUCUCGGCCGAUGGGUCUGGGCCACGGCUCAAUAUCCGGACUUUGGCUCGCCAUGCGAGCGAUCCGGACGACUCCGGACGCCUGGCCCGGGCUAAGAAAGAAAGGGCCGAGGUCUGGCAAAAGGCCGUGGCCGUCCGCAAGCAGCAUUGGCGCAUCGAGAUGUGGUCGGGCGGGGGCAAGACAGCGAAGGAUAUCAAGGCGGACCUCGUCAGGAUCAGGUCUGAGUCUAAGGUCCAAGUCGAGCUCAACGAGAAGCACAAGGCCUUCUUCCUCUGUGCGGACUUGCUGGGCGAGGGAAAUCCAGGCUGGACUGUGGGCGGCUACGAGAAGAAGCACACAGACAGGAUCCAGAGGAUCGCUGAGGCCUUGGCCGAACUGGACUCCGAGGCCACUUUCACCUUUGCUUUUGACGGUCGGGCCAAGGAGAACAGGAAGCUCUUCGAGGACUGCUUCAAGAAGGCCCAGAAGUCGUCCCUCGGCGGGAGGGAGGUCUUCGGAUCGGACUUUGCUCGUGAGGCUGAUGCUACGACAUCGGACUGUGUGUACCAGUCUGUGGCCAUGGCGGACACGGACGGGCUUCCACGGAUCUCCAGAGAGCAGAAGGCCAAUAUCUUGGAGUUGACAUCCGCCGCACCGCCUUCCUGGACUGGGUCGGCCGUUCCGCUCUUCUGGACUGAGAGCAAGCCGGUCAAGGUCUUCGAGACGGUCUUCAAGAAUUAUGGUCUUGUGGACCUUAUGGACCUUUCGCCGGGCAGCGGUGCCCUAGGCACCGCUGCCCUGCAAUCAGGACUGCCGGUGGUCUCCUUGGUCUUCGACGAGACCCAUUUGAGAUGGUUGUCCAACAUCGCGGACUUAGCAUGUGCCCGACUCAUCACCGAGACGAAAUCGCACCUUCACCAGCAAUCGCUGGCUGAGGCCUUGGAGAAUUGGUUCUCGGACGAUCUAAAG